UGUUCUAGCAGUACAAGCCAAACAAUCCAACCAAGAUGAUGAAACUUAUUGUUGUCCUCGCCGCGCUUGUCGCCAUUUCUGCUGCCAAGCCUGCCUUGGUGAGUGCACCUCUAGUAGCUGCGGCCCCAGCAGCGGUUGUCACGGCAACUAGCUCGCAGUACUACCAUCGCAUCAACAAUGGAUUAGCUGCCUAUGUUGCUGCUCCUGCCGCCUACGUUGCAUCUCCUGCUGCCUACGUUGCUUCUGCUGCCGCGCCCUACGUAGCUGCACCCUACGUCGCUUCUCCAUACGUAGCGGCUUCAGCCCCUAUCGUUGCCGUUUAAACCAUCUGACCUUACUCCGUGAUCCUUUUGUGCUAUCACAAAACUAAAUUGAAGUUGUGGAUGAAUUAAAGAUG